AUGCAGACGCCGAGCAAUGUAUCACCCGUGUGCAUGAAGAUGGCGGUGUGGCGCUGCUCUCACUGCUUGCAGGAGUUCGAGAUGGUUGUGGGGCACUUCAUUGAUGGGGGCGGCGUGUGCCCGCAUUGCCAUAGUCCGCAGAAGAAGCUGGACAACGUGACGCUCCGCAAUGCACAAGGGGAACUGGUGACCAAGAAACCCCAAUACGUGAAGGCACCGCGGAUGAUUCACUCGAACUACCGUAGCGUGCUCUUCGCUAAUCCACACUGGGAAUCGCUGAACAUUCAGCCCAUGCUUGCGCAGCGCUGGGAGCUUGUUGUGGAUGAGCUCAUGAACAGCAGUAACGGCGAGAGCGGCACCGCUCCCGACAAGCAUCUGCUCCUCGCCUCCCCCAAGAUCGAUGGCAUCCGCUGCAUGAUUGGGUACAACGAGAAGCUUGGCGAGGUGCAGUUCUUCUCUCGUGGCGGCAUCGUUCUCGAGUGCUGCCACGGCCUCGCCCCGCAGCUGCUGCCGCUCUUUGCGAAGGACCCGACGCUCAUGCUAGACGGCGAGCUCUUUGCGCCCGAGUGCAACUUUGAGCAGCUCAACGGGCUUGUACGCCGGCUCAACAGGAAGUCCGACCCAAACAUUAUGGAGGCGCAGGCACGCCUGCUAGAGUACUUCGCGUUCGACAUCAUGUACAGCGCGCAGCUCUCGUCCUUGUCGGCUCCUUUCGACGAGCGCUACAUGCUGCUCAAGAAGCUCAUCCCGGUGUGCGGAGCGAAGCGGAUUAGCAACUAUGUUCACGACGACACGCGGAAGAAGGUGAUCCGCGCAACGCAUGGCGGCGUGGCGACCGCGGAAAACGGGCAGGCCGUGAAGAUCUACCAUGUCCCUGCCGCGCAGGUUCACCCGAGCGACAUGGAGGACGUGCUGAACGAGGCAUGCUCGCAGGGCUUCGAGGGCGUCAUGAUUCGCCUUCCCAAGUUCCCCUACGAGCACGGCAAGCGCAGCUUUGGGCUACUCAAGUACAAGCAGAUGCACGAUGCUGAGUUUAAGAUUAUUGGCUUCGUGCCCGGCGAAGGCAAGUUCAAGAGCGCCCUUGGCGCCUUUGUCUGCACAACCAAGGACGGCAAGCACUUUCAUACAGCACCCAAGGUCUCCUACAAGCGCCGCGUCGAGCUGUGGGAGCAUCGCAGGGAGUAUCUAGGCAAGUACCUGACGGUGCAAUACCAAGAGCUCUCCUCGCAGAACGUGCCGCGCUUUCCUGUCGCCAAGGCCAUUCGCGGUAGUGAGGAUAGGCGAGAUUGGCUGUGA